GUUGAGCCAACUUGCCUGGUCCUGGCGUUGCUCGUCUGCUACGCGAGAACUUGAAGACGCCCGCAGAAGAGGAAGCGAGUGAUCAGAGGCGGUUUUUUUUAUACCAGUUUCUCACUGGGCUAGACCAGAAAACAUUUCAAAGCAAUAUGAAUUAAUGUGCCAUUUAUAAUCAAGGAGUGAGUUUUGAUAUUUUAUCUUUAUUUAUUUUCUAUCUCAACUUGGAUGAUGACCUUAAGGUAGGCUACUUUUACGCUGCAUUAUUUAGUUGAUAAUAAUUGCACUGUUUUUAAAUGAAUGAGUCAUUCUGUACAUCCUUCCGUUUUAGGCCCUAUUCAUUAAAGAGUGCUAAAAGAGAAACGUGUCAAUCAAUCAACUUUUAUAUUUGGUAAUUUUAGGGCAUUCCCGAAAUAACAAAUAAACACAGGUGGAACAAUUACAUUAGUGGACAGGCUCAUGGAAUCCAUGGCGUUACUUAGCCGUUGAGAACGAAUACACUCAACUAUUCAACUCUCACUUAAUGUUCAUAAAAAACAAGUUAAAUGCUCCAUAGGAGAACAAAGCAAGGUGACAAUGGCCGAGCUAUAAAGGUGCAGAACAUAAACUUUUGGGCUGGUGGUUGGGCUGACAGUGGAGGAGUAGUAGGGUAACUGUUGAGUUUCAAAAUAAACAUUAGGUCUACUUAAUUACUUUAAUCACUACAGUCCAUAUGCUGAUAAUAGUGUAGAAUUUGAUUUCUGAAAUUAUCCUAUGGCAGGAAGGUUAGCAACCUUUAAAGGAUUUUAUUUUUCAAUCAUUAUCCACAUUUUGCUCAAUUUAUGAAGAAUCUUUAUUUGCAAUUGACUUAUCUUGCUAAAUUAAAAAGAGAAGCCUUGAAAGCAAUCUAUGGAACUUCUUACAGGUUUAAUUCAUGGUCAUUUCUCAUUGGUGCUUGCUAAUUGCAUCACAUGUUUAGCAGUGAACAUAAGCGCGGCUCGUUUCACUAUGGGGGGUUCGGCUGAACUGCUGAAGGUAGGUCAUUAUUCUCAAUGUUUCAAAAAUGAAAGGCUUUAAUUUCAAGGCUUUGCAUGCAGGACAUAGUUGAAACCUGCACUAUAACUGUUACAUCCUCAUAACAAACUGCUUUAGAAAAACAUGAAUGGAUAACCGCAUGGUUGUUGGUUCGGUGAUUUUAGCUAAAUUCCUAGCUACACGGAAAGUUUAGGUUUAAGACAGCAUAACCAACUUUUCAAGUUAAUAUUUGUUUAUCUUUUUGACAGUUUUUGGGACUGCUUAAUUGUUGACUAAUCUGCCACUAGUGAACCCUGGCCUCGGCCGUCAGCUCAGCAGCCCUGAAGGCCCGUGGUCGGAUCCCCGAGGGGCAGCACAUCGUGAGGGUCUCCCUGGAGCCGUCUCUCUGUCUGGAGCCGUCUGUCUGGAGCCGUUCUAAAGCCCAUGUUUCGUUCUGUGACUACUUCCAGAUCUCUUCCCCAGUGGGACUGGAAGCUUGCUGCGGAUACCUGUGAAAUAAACUGUUGACCCUCUGCCUCGUUCUUCAGGGUUUACAUUGUAGCCGCUAAAGGGUAACGUGAUUAACCAACGUGGACUUGCGUCGCCUAAUGAAUAAGCUCACGACCAAUUGUGACUUAAGAAUAAACCCCAUACACUUAUUACCGCAAGGCUGGCAUUUAGUGACGAUAAACCAGCGCAUCAUGAAGAUAAACCGUUGACUAAAAUGGUCCAUAAUAUGCGUUACUAGUAUCUGCUUAACUACUAUCAAGUGACCAGUUGUAAUCUUAGCUUAGCCUAGCCGUAACAGGGCAAUGUCUGCGCGCGCAGUGGGAGGCGUGUCAAUUCAUAAUGACGUAGACGAGUGCGACACGUGGGGCGUCUCGCGACACAUCUCCCCGACCAUCCAACAUGGCGCUGGAGGGACCUUGUUAUUGUUCUGCUGUCCGAUGUUCUUCAUCCUAAAGGAAGAGGAGGCCAGGCUGAACGGGGACAUGCGUGGAUGACAAAGGCGUUCCGACAUCAUGCUGAGAUCCACCGGGUUCUUCCGAGGCCUCGAGUGCCCGUUUUACUCGGACUCCACCGAGCUCCAGGCCGACAGACAGGGGUGCAACAGACCUUACUGUCACUUCAGACACAGCCGGCAGAGACGCGCGUCUCACGGCGCCGCCGUCGACAGUAGGAAGCAGAGAGUACCGGACUCCAAGCUCAAAGAUCAAGCGUAUGACCCGUUCAACCCGGAGGUGGUGUCACACAAAGAGCCGCAGGAUGGGGAGGACCUCAGCGGGGCCCUGGAGCUGGUCAACCAGGCCAUCAGGGAGGUCCAGAAUGAAGUUGAGCGAGAGAAGAGGAAACUUUCUCGGAUGGGUGACGACGAGUAUGAGCCCACAUCCAACAGAAGCCUGUCCACAGUGGAAGCUGUUAAAAAGCCCAUUCCCAAAGCAGUGACCUCCCAUCUGGCCUAUGACCCUGGGAGUUAUCAGAUGACCUCAUCAGAGUACAACCCGACCCCCAGCUGUAGCAAAUACACCCUGGAUGUGGACGUUAAGGGGGCCAACUCCAUGGAGUAUGUUCCCACGUCCAAGAGGAAACCUUGCCCCCGCACACAGGCCACACGGUUGCCCUCCCUCCCCACCCCUACGUAUUCAAGCAGCGCCUCGUCCAAGGGGAAGUACACUCUGGAUAACUCCAAGCCAACUACAGAUAUGGAAUAUGACCCGCUCUCAAACUACUCUGCAAGAAUUGCUGGCAAGCACAAAAAGGAAGAGAGUAUAAAAGAGAACAGAGCUUCAGCCAAAGCAAGGCGGCCGUCCACAGACAAGGAGUAUGUGCCGACCGCCAAGAGGCCCUGCCCCCGGGGCGCAGACACACAGAAGUACACGUGUUCAGAUACCGACGAGGAGAGCUCUGGAACGGAGUACCGGCCCACCUCCCUCCACCGCCUCAAGAGGAGGGAGGGCAGUGCAGCGGCGGCGGGGAGGAGGGACCCCGCCAAGGGGCCGGAGCCUCUCCCGCAGAGGGGCAGAGAGGGGGCCAAGGAGCAGACUCCCCUGGACCCAGAGGGGUGCGAGUCCCAGCCCCCGACGGACGCAGAGAAGGAGAGGCUGCCAGCCAAACCCAGUCUCAGCAAAACCUGCAAAUCUGAAAAGACUUUGAAAGGAGAAAAGACGAUGAAGGCGGUCGGCGGUAAAGUGAGCAGUAGCGAUAACGGCAGGAAGGAGAAGAGCUCGGCGAACAAAUCGAGCAAUGAGUGUGUGAAGAAGGACGGCCAAAGUUCAAGGAAGAGAGAGGACAAGAGGAAGGGGAAGGAGGCAAGUCCUAAAGUACCCAGAGAACUCAAAGAGGAGAAGAGAGACGUGGGGAGGAGUAAGGCUGUGGAGAGGCUCCAGGGCGACUCAAGUAAAGAGCGAGCCAAGGGGCGUGAGAACGGUGUGGCGGAGAGCAAGAAGGCCAAGGUGUCUGACAAGCACAAGGACCACCAGCAUAAAAACGGAAAACACGAGAGCAGCAAGAGGGUGAACGACGUGAGAAAGAACAGUAAAAACAGUUCCAAUACCAGCAGCAAAAGCACUUCCAACAGCGGCCACGGUAAGACGGGCUCUGACCACAGUAAGGUGAGGCACCAAAGCAACGCCCCGGAGGCCGGAAAGGUGAAGGAGAAACGGCGAGCGCCCAGCCUGAGCCACGCAGACCUGUUUGGAGACGAGAGCCCCGACGGGGCGGGCGCCCAGUCCGAUGAGGACGGGGAGGAGCAGGGCGAGGUGCUGGUGAGGAAGUCUGCGGACGCUUUGAAGAGACGGCGUGUGCUCAUGCAGCCGCUGAAGGCCCCUUCGUCGUCAGAGGAGGAGGAGGAGGAGGAGGGUCUGAGCGUGGAGGACGGCCAGGCCGAGAUGGACUUCUGUGGGGUGGACUUGUCGCUUUUCCAGGGGGACUUGGACUUCGACUCUGAUCCGAUGGAGGAGUGUUUAAGGAUCUUCAACGAAUCCAAAGACGUCAAGAAAGAAGACAAGGGAAGGCAGGCUAAACAGCCAUGCCGAGAUUCUGAAGAAGAGGAGGAGGAGGAGGGCAGCGAGAGCCCUUUAACCGGCCUCUUCCCCGGGCAGAGGAAGAGGGUUUCCCAUUUUGCUGUCCAAGGAAGCGUCGAGGGGGCGCUGAGGGCACCCGUGCGGCCGUCCCGGAGGCCCACGGCUCAGGAGAUCUGCUACCAGCGGCUGCAGAUGGCCCAGCAGCAGGCAGAGCAGCUGGCCGCCACCGUCAGGAGCACAUCUGUCAAGACCCCCGGAGCCAGGAUCCCCGGAGUGAAGACCCCCGGAGUCAAGACCCCCGGAGCCAGGACCCCUGGAGCCAGGACCCCCUUAGCCUCCCCGAGCUCCAGCUUGGCCGGCGAGAGGAAGAGGGUGGCUCACCGUCCCAGCCUGCCUGGGCCCUCCUCCUCCCAAACCGUGGAGCCAGCUGCCAGUCGCGUUCUGUCGCCCAACAGAACCCUCCCGGCCCACCUGUCUGUCCGGGCUCAGACAUCUGCCGGCAUCCUGUCCAAGACCACCUCCACCGUGGUGCAGAAGAGACUGGCACACACCCCCACCAUGAAGAGCUCCUCCCUGAAGAGGCCGGUCAUCCCCACAGAGUUCGGGGCCAAGGUGCCGACCAACGUCCGGCAGCGCUACCUCCACAUCUUCAUCGAUGAAUGUGUCAAGUUCUGCCCCUCGGAGGAAGCGGCCUUCCACAUGGCGCUGGACGAGGAGAAGGUCGUCUACGAUCGGAGCAGCAGUAAGAACAUCUACCUCAACGUGGCCGUCAACACGCUGAAGAAGCUCCGUGGCAAGACCGGAGCCCCCCCGGCCCCGCCCCCCAAGGCGGUGGGCUCUGCUGCUCACCGUAGGACCAUGACCCAUGAGGAGGUGCUUGGCGGGCGGAUGGCAGCCACCACCAGCUUCACCCUCAACAGGACGGGCAGGCAGAGCGAGGAGCAGCCCUGCGGCGCGGCGUUGUACAGGAAGCUGAAGGCCUACCUGAUGACGGAGGAGCAGCUGCAGGAGCACGGCUACCCCCGAGCCAGCGCUGAGUCCUCGGGGAGGGCUGUGAUCCACAACCAGCCGGAGAGGAAGGCCCUGGCAGACGCGUUCUCAAAGAUCUGCUGUCGCUGCGGGGCUGAGUACAAGGUCAACGUGCACGGCAGCUGUGUGCGCAGAGAAGAGUGUAACCACCACUGGGGUCGCUUGAGGAGGAACAAAGGGGUCGGGGGCUGGGAGACCAACUACAACUGCUGCUCGGGAGCCGUGGGCACUCCGGGCUGCCAGGUGUCCAAGCAACAUGUGCAGGAUGGCCGUAAGGAGUCGGUGGAGGGCUACGUCAAGACCUUCAGUAAGGCUCUCCCACCCGAUGGCGACGGAGGGGUCUAUGCCCUCGACUGUGAAAUGUGCUACACCAAGCAGGGUCUGGAGCUGACCCGCGUGACAGUGGUCAACGCAGAGCUGAAGGUCAUCUACGACACCUUCGUCAAACCCGAGAGCAAAGUAGUGGAUUACAACACAAGGUUCUCUGGGGUGACGGAGGAGGACCUGGACAACACCACCAUCACUCUGAGGGACGUGCAGGCGGUGCUGCUCAGCAUGUUCAGCGCUGAGUCCAUCCUCCUGGGCCACAGCCUGGAGAGCGACCUGCUGGCACUCAAGGUCAUCCACAGCACAGUGAUUGACACCUCCAUUGUGUUCCCUCACCGCAUCGGCCUGCCCUACAAACGCGCCCUCAGAAACCUGAUGGCCGACCACCUGAAGCGUAUCAUCCAGGACAACGUGGAUGGCCACGACUCCAGCGAAGACGCCAGCGCCUGCAUGCAGCUGAUGUUCUGGAAGCUGAAGGAGGACGCAAAGGUCAAGAGAUGACCUCCGGGACCAGCUACUGGGACCCACAGCUACUGGGACCCACAGCUACUGGGACCCACAGCUACUGGGACCCACAGCUACUGGGACCCACAGCUACUGGGACCCACAGGCUGCUGGGACACACAGGCUGCUGGGACACACAGGCUGCUGGGACCCACAGCUACUGGGACCCACAGCUACUGGGACCCACAGGCUGGUGGGACCCACAGGCUGCUGGGACACACAGGCUGCUGGGACCCACAGCUACUGGGACCCACAGGCUGCUGGGACACACAGGCUGCUGGGACACACAGGCUGCUGGGACACACAGGCUGCUGGGACACACAGGCUGCUGGGACACACAGGCUGCUGGGACCCACAGGCUACUGGGACCCACAGCUACUGGGACACACAGCCUUUUCAUGGGGACGCUUCGUUAAUAAAUCCCUUUUUAACUUCGUUAAAGAAAAGGGCAUUGUGUUUAUUAGUGUAAUUAUUAGUAAAUGACCUAACGCGCUGUUUUGUGUUUAAAGCGUCAUAUGAAAAAGACUUAAGCGCUGUAAAUAUGCUGUAAGUAGUUUUGUAUACGUUCAUUUCUGUUUGUUUAAGUUUUCUAUUAAAACACAGAAAAGUAAUUAA